CAGACUGCGGCAAUUUAAAAAAAACAAAAUUUAUGAAUGUGUUCAACUGGCGUGGCACCAUGGGGUCUACUAGCGGGGGUGUUAAAAAGUACAUUUCUUUCCGAAGCAGACAAAGAGCUAACAUGAGCUUUUUCAUCGUGGUCAUGUUUUUCGCGGUGUUCGGAAUCAUAGUCUUCACGGAAAUUUUUUUGAUUGACGAAAGGGGCCGAGGGGCCGGGGUCCUGGUACGUCAUGGGUCCCUGACCUAUCACAGCAAACAUCAGGACAAAGCCGACUACGAAGAUUUUCAAAAUGACGACUACAUAUCACUCCGUAUAGGCGCAGCGAUGAUAAACGAUGAUGCGUUCCAGUCAAUCUUACUGGGGGGGAAAUCCCCAGUGGCAGUACCCGUGGUGGAUAAUUCCGCGCAAAUGUCUUCCAAACUUAUAACCGAAAGUCAAUUGCCCCCGCAUCCGGACAACUUGCCGGCCAGCGACGGUAAAUGGCAAAAAGUACACGGUACUAGGUAUAAGUUUUUUGCUUUUUCUGCCUUUUUCGACCAUAGAAAAGGUCAAAAAUCGGUACGAGUUAUUGGUGCUACAAAAACCAGGGGACCUGAACGGGUUUGGUGUCGCAUGUGGUAUAAGGUUGUGGAAAAUAAUACAAUCACAUAUGCUCCUAGAACUGUUUCUGGAAAAGUUAAGGUGAUUCGUGAAAAUUGGAAUUUGCUGUAUAGUGCGUGUUUUGUUAUGUGUCCUUUGACUUUUAAUCAAAGUGCUCCAUAUAGUGUUUCCAUAGUUUUUAAGGUCAAAGAUCCCCCCUCGAAUUUGUUGAAAGUUAUAGACAAUUUUAAUGAGACUCUGCAAAGAGCUAACAGUAAUUUUGCUGUUUGUGUGAAACCUUUGCAUUUUGACUACAACAGGGAAAUGCAGCUACUGGAAUUCAUAGAGCUGAACCGACUGAUGGGGGUGGAACACUUUACUUUCUACAACCACACCUUGGGACCUCAAGUGGACUGUAUUCUUAGAGACUACGUCAAAAGAGGAAUUGUUACGCUUCUACCCUGGCAAUUGGACAUGAUUUCCCAAAAGGAAAUUCGUACGGAGGGGCUAUUCGCCGCGUUAAACGAUUGCCUGUACAGAAGCAUGUACAAAUUUUCGCACGUUUUGUUCAUCGAUCUGGACGAAUACAUUGUGCCCAAUUACAACAACACCCUACCAGAACUCAUAGAGUAUCUGAACCAUCGUCUUAAUACGCGUUCUACGGGCUCGUACUCCUUUCAAAACUCCUUCUUCUACCUGCAAUGGGCGGAUGACGAUGCGGUCUACGAUUUCGACGAUCCCAUCGCGUCAAGUCUUGUAACUCUGAAGAAGACCAGAAGAAAAACGAAGCUCCAUCCUCACAAGCAACGAUCUAAGUACAUAUGUCGACCGGAGUUGGUGGUCGAGACUGGUAACCACUUCAUCUGGGAGUUCAUACCGGGGCAUGGUACUUUAAACGUACCAUCGGACGCGGCGUUUCUGCAUCACUACAGGAUCUGCGAGUUUGGGGGGAACGACUGCGUUAAAACAGCUUCGGCAGUGGACAAAACCACUUACAGGUACAAGGACAGGAUGGUUUCCAUGGUAAAGCAACAGUUUAACCACAUGAAAAGUCAGUGUCACUUGAGGGAUCUUGAUGACCAGCCUUCCAGAUCAGGCUUAUUCAUGAGCAUGCUAAAAAUAAAAUCAUAGUUUAUUUGUUAAUUUAUUAUCAACGAAUUUUGAAUUUUAAUCAUCUGUCAGAAUUAUUGAAGUUCCUAUUACUGUUAAGUCAAAAACAUUUUUAUUUUAUCUUUCCAUCCAGUAUCAUUUGGACCAUGAAGCAAAAUCCUUUCUUCAACAUUUAUAUUUGAAAAUAAAUUGUAAAUAAAUUUGCUUUCCACUAAUUUAAAACAAUCAAUUCAUAUUUUUAUAUUGUCAACUUUAUUUAUUACAAUAUUUAACAACAUAUAUUCACUAAAAGUUGCUACCCUAAAUAUAAGCUUUUUGAACCUAUUAUAUAAUUCGCAAUUACUUCUGUAAAUAAUACAUAUUUUUUCCAUUUAUUCACACAACAAGGUCUGUUCUAAGUAUCUCGUUUUCGGGUUUGUACUGUUUAUACAAAUUAAUAAUCGUUGCUUCUUACAGAGACACUUGUAAGCCUUAAAGGAUUUGUAAGGCUUACAAGUGCCUCUGUAAGAAACCCAACGUUUAAAACGAUUUUUAAUCUGCACAAAUAGCACAAGAAUUGCAAACAACAUAAAAAUGGCCGCCAUUGGAGUCUGUGCAAUGGUUGCCUAACUAACGAACCUUGUUGUGUGGAUUGUGGUAUUAACCAUGUUUGUUGACUUUUAUAGUCCUAGGAAGUCCACAUUAAUGUAGUUAAUCAGUACCUAUGCAAAAUGUAUUUUUACAUAACAUAUAAAAUAAUCACACAAUAUUUAUAUCUAUUAACCACUAAACACUUUUAUUUUUCUGUGCAAAAAUUUGGGGCCACUUUUUUAGUGCCAAUAUUUGUUUAUACACAUUAGGGUGUCCGUUAUUUUCCGAGUUAUUUUUUUUAAGUGUAAAAUUUCAAGCGAAAAUAUGUUGUUGUAUGUCUAUUAAUUAGCGAGAAUAUUUUCUUAUGUCAUUAAAAUGUAAUCUAUGCAGAAAAAGACAUAAAAAAUAAACUGGUAGUAAAAUAAUAGACACCUUAAUACACAAAUAUGUCUAUUUGUUAAUAACUGGUGCUUCAUCUGUUUAUUUAAGGUGACCAAUCUGAAACAAUUAUUGAUUUAGGUAUGUGAUAUUUUACUGAUGAUUUUUUUUGUAUGUAUGAACA